CGUUACUCCUGCAAUGUUCAAACCUUUUCCAGCGCAGUUCAUCAUGUUGUUCAAUUCUCGCCGGCAAUCGAGUACAGUCCAGUCGCCAUCAGUCCAUCACGAUGCCAUAGUAUCCAAGGCUCGAGUAGGCGUACCGACCGGUAGCUUCAUGCACGAAUUCAGACUUACCGGCUUUUUGUUAACGACGGCCCUUGACAGCCAUGAAUCGAAGACGCGGUUGGAGCCCAUUACUCGAGAUAUUCGUAUUUCAUCUCAUGCUGGGACGGGAUGAAAUCGGGGGGCGACGAAGUGCAUCGAUCCUAGCGGGUCCAACGCGCUAUUUUGACCGGGUAGCCCCGCUAGGGCUGGCACCUUCGCCGAGACUUCCAGCGACGUCAUUUGCUGUGCCGCCGAGAGCUUCUUUUCAGUUGCGCGGGCGGCGCAUCCGAAUUGCGGCGUCAUUUCGACUUUUCAAUUCUCUUUUUUCCUCUAUACAGUCACGCCAGGCGACCACAGACGACACGACCGAACAAUAUUACUCGACCGAAUAUCGUAAAAGAUCAUUUCAUUUACCUCACGAAACCAAUAUUCUUCAUUCUUCCCCGCCGAAAGUCAAGAAGCAAAAUGCGAACUUCGAUCCUCUCCAGCCCAGCAACGCGCGCACUUUGCGCCGCCUGUCGCAACGAAGCCAGCAGGACAAACGCAGGAGUGGCCUUCUCUACAGCUUGCGCCAGCAAGAGCAGUAACCGGAGGCCAGAAGUCCCCGAGCAAUCAAGGCCACGAGUGACGACGACGACGACGACGACGACGACAAGAGAGAUACAAAAACACCGCCUAUUCCCGAGCGCCCGCGCAUACGAAUACUCUACCUCUUCUACCCCCUCCGACAACACCUCACCCAAGCCCCAACCACCAAACUCCUCCACCUCCUCUUCUUCGGAUUGUAACAAACCCAUACCGCGCUACUACGCCCUCUUCCCCAUCACCCUCCCCCUCGGCCCACCCCCGUCAGGGCCCUUCGACAUCGACGUCCGCGCCCUGCGCCGCGAAUUCCUUCGUCUCCAAGCCGCCUCCCACCCGGACUUCCACCACUCAGCCAACCAGUUUGACAGCAACAGCAGCAACGGCAACAGCGAUGAGUCCCUGCUGCAGCGGCGAAAAGCAGAAGCAACGUCCUCUCUCAUCAAUUCCGCCUACAAGACCCUUUCUUCGCCCCUUCUCCGCGCCCAAUACCUGCUCAAAGAACUCUACGACGUCGAUUUGGCCGGUGACGAAUCGACCGACUACCAGAAUGGGUCGGAUCCCACCUUGUUGAUGACGGUGUUGGAAGCGCGGGAGCAGAUUGACGAGGCGAAAACGGAAGCGGAUCUGGAGCCGGUUAGGGAAGAGAAUGAGGCGCGGAUAAAAGAGUCAGAAGAAAAAUUGAGCGAGGCGUUUGCCAAGGAAGAUGUGGAGGCGGCCACGAGGGAGUGUGUGAAGUUGAGGUAUUGGAUGGGAAUAAGGGAGGGGUGUAAUGAGUGGGAGGAGGGCAAGGGGUUUGUUAUGCAUCAUUAAGGGGGUAGGUGAUGGAUGAGGGUUAUAUGGGGGUUUUUUUUCUUUUGUGUUACGGCGGGUAAGAGGGGAGAGGAGAAAGGGCUGCGACGAGAUGCUUUUGGCUAGAUGAGCAGCCUGGGAGGAUUCAGAUGGUUCAUUACGGGUGUCAAUGGACAAACUCUGACCUAAAGCGUGGUGUCCGGUCCAGGUCUUCGUUCGUUUUUCUAGGCUUGGGGAUGAGUGGUCUAGCAUGCGUGACCCGGCCGGAGGGUCGGUUGAAAUUUACCCAUCGGGGCCCUUUCAUCAAUGAUCAUUUUGACAAUCGGCCUCUUCUGUCCUGGUUAUGAAUACCAGCCAAAGGAAGAAGACAAAAAAUAAGAAAAGUCACAGCUGUCCACUCAAUCAUAAUGGCAUUCCAUGUCUUUGCGUUAUGUGAACAUUGUCUUGUCUACAUGCAAUAUCUCCUUUAUCAUCAAUGAUGUUGCAUACACAUCCACUAUAUUAUAGCCUCAACCACCAUUGCAAAUCGUCUCUUCCAUAUAUCAC